UACAGGAAUGCGGAAUGACUGGCCUGUUUUUCUCAAACAAUGACCGAUGCGAUGAAGUCCUCACGUGCCCAGACUUUGCCGAUGAAAAAGCGUGCAGUCAUCCAUCAAUUUUUCUGCUGGAAAACGAAAAUUAUACAAUUGCAUUUUCCGAUAUCAAAGAACGGAUCUACAAUGUAUCACUUUUUAAGACCAACGCCUCGAAUGGAUUUCGAUUAAGGUUUUUGGAUAUCUACCUCAAUUGCUUUAAUUAUUAUGAUAAUAGAGAAUGCGACGAUGCUAUCAUUCAGAUAGGCACCGGAUAUAGUAGUGCUGACAGACAAUCAAUUGUGAAAACAAUUCGUGCUUUCACUUAUUCCGAAGACGAUAUUUACGUGGGAUCCAGUGAGAUGUGGAUAUCAAUCAGCGAUGUUUGGAGAUAUGUCAGGUAUGGCUCAAAGUACUUUACCGGCCAUGGCGAAAUUGAAGUGAGCACUGUCAGGUUGAAUAGUCUCAGUUCCUGUGCCAACUCAAAUCAGGUGAUUUCUCAAGACGAUAUCUGUGACGGAUUUUAUCAGUGCGAUGAUUAUUCGGAUGAAAUACCUUGCGAUUAUACAGAUAUAAUUUUGCAUGAAGGAGAAUCGUUUGGUAUAAACGUAGCUAAUGAUGCACGCAGAUCAUAUAAUACUACAAUACUUCGUACGAAUUCAACGUUGGGAUUCCGAGUGCAUUUUGGCUUCUACUACGAUGUUUGGUAUGGGGCUCGUAUUGCAGUUGGCACUCUUAACAACUCAAGUCCAAUCUACCAAUUGUCCUUCAGCAGUAGCUACUACUAUUCAUAUUAUGAUUAUGGCUUGUAUGUGACAACAAACGAAAUAUGGAUUGCCAUCAUUGGUGGAGAUUAUCCGAAUUAUGGAUUUACGGAAAUCAUUUUCACUUCGGUUGACGUAUCAGACUUGUAUACCUGCCCGGGAAACCCCCAUAUCGGAUUUCCUCAAAGCAAGCUGUGUGAUGGAAGGUAUGAUUGCAGCAACUAUGAAGAUGAAUUGUCAUGCAACCAAUCUUCAGUACUUAUAAACGGCGAUCCGUUUUACUUCAGUGUCUUCGAAUAUCAACGAUUUUACAGAGAUUGGCUCUUCGAAACGAACACCGGAAAUGGCUUUCGUGUUGGAUUAUCGUAUUACGUGGAUUACUGUAAUUACGAAUACUAUGGACAUAAGUUCACCGUUAUUAUUGGGACAGGGAAAGAUUCAUCCAACCAGGGGUCAGUUUUUCAAACAUUCACUAUCAACGAUAAUCAUUGGUCGUACUAUUGGAGAUAUGAGGAGUUGCAUGUUGCGAGCCAAGAUAUAUGGAUUGUUUUGAUUGGUCCACAGUUUGUUGAACAUUAUUACUGCGACAGUCUGUAUUUAGACAUAACUGCCGUUAACAUGUCCGGAUGGAUACCAUGCAAGGAUUCAAGAACAAGUGUGCCUCCAGAUUACGAAUGUAACGGACGGUACGAAUGCGACGAUUACGGAGAUGAAACAUCAUGUGACCAUUCACCGACCAUCAUCAGUGAAGGGGAAUCUUAUGCCAUCUCAGAUUUGGAAUUGUUUGAACGGGAAUACCAUGCCUUCAUUCUACAAACCAACCAAUACUCUGGAUUUCAUAUCAGGUUCCAACACAUCUCUCUUGGCUGUUGUGAAGAGCGUGUGCAGAUCGGAACGGGAACUGACCUAUCUGACGAAGAGUCCGUUAUAAUGUCCAUCCAGGGAUAUACAAAUUAUGUAGAUGAUGUUUAUGUGAAUACUACCCACAUGUGGGUUGUCAUGACUGGUCAGAAGGACUCUGCCUACUAUGACUACCCUAAUGGUCAUGUCGAUAUAAUUGUAACUGCUAUUUCUCUUUCCGGUGGAUGUCUCUCAAACCCCUGCCUUAACGGAGGGACUUGCAAUCACCUUGUUGAUGGCGGAUUCCGAUGUGACUGCAUGGAUACCUUUACCGGUCCCAACUGUGAAAUAGCAUACCCUAAUCCUUGUAUCGAACAAGACCCAUGUGCCCAUGGUGUUUGCAUUAACGUAGGACAAGGACAAUAUCAUUGCGAAUGCCAAGAUAAUUAUGACGGGAUUCAUUGUGAUGAACCAAUUCUUCCAAUAGAGGUUUCUCACCAUCCGUCUAGCCAAAUAGUCAAUAUCAAUGCCAAUGUGAACCUGACAUGCGGUUUCAACCAUGCCAAGCAGUACUACUGGUACAAAAAUGACAGGGAAGGAGAAGAUGGUGUCCUUUUACCUAACAGUGAGAAUCGGAAUCCUUUGACGAUUAUGUCUGUCUCGCACAAUGACAUCGGGUAUUACUUCUGCAGAGGUGAAGGGAGAAAUGGAGAACAUUUGGAGACGUUGCGAGCAUCUGUAUAUCUCAGAGACCUAACCAAUAUACAAGUUUUGAAUGUUCGAUUUGCUACUCCAUUUCGCGAAGAGCUUCGUGACCAAACUUCAAUGAUUUAUAAAGAAACGGCUUCCAACAUCACCAACUUUAUGGAGGAAGGCCUGAGAACAAGUACAGGUCUAGAAGGUGUAUCGGUAGUAUGUAGAGCUCUAAGACCAGGAAGCAUCGAGGCUGAUUUGAAUAUCUACCUUGAUGACACCAAUAUGACGGCACUGGAUACAGAACAUCUAAUCAGUGAAUCUAUUCAAAGUAUGGCAGAAAACUCCAAUGGUUUUCUAGAUUCAUCCGCGAUUUCAGUUCAAAAUAACGCAAUAUGCCGGAAUACAUCAUGGAUAUCCCCUCGUCUCGAGAGGGUCCAAUUUCCAGUUGGCGAAAACGGAACGUGGGCGAAGUCAACAGGAAGAUGUCCAUUCAACACUACGCAUGCUGAUGAGCCUAUUGGACGAGCGCUUUGUAUCGGAGAUGGUAUUUCACAGAGUCAGUGGCAACCUAUGGAUAAUUGUGGACCUUAUAGAAAUGUGACAGAUAUUCUCACACAAAUUGCAGAGGCAACCAUAAGUAAAGAAAACGCAGGUGAAGUGAGUCAACAAGUGGAAGCAGUUUCUUCAAAUGUCGAAGACAUCACAUCAGAUGACGUCACAUUGAUAGCCGAGAUUACAUCGAGUAUUGUCCAACAAAAUGUUACAAAUGAGCAGGUAACCAAGGAUUUAACUGGUACUCUAAGCAACGUAGCAGAAGUGCAAACAGACGUACUCGAAGCUGCGGGGGAUGCAGUUUCUAUAUUAAGAGAAGCUUUUGAGGAGCAAAUCAGUCAAGUUGAGGUUGCCGAUGGUGAGAUGCUCAACAUUCAGCAGCCAAAUGUUGCUGUGCAGAUCCAGAGUGUAUCUGCUGAUGAGGGAAUGGAUGGACUUGUUCUUUCUCUGGCCGGAUCUAGUCUUUCUGAUCUAACCAAGGCCAAUUUUACCAUUAGCGCUCCGACCCAAGGUGACCACCAGGACGAUGACAGUAUUGCUUCCAAACCAGACACCAUCGCACAGGUCAACAUCCCAUCUUCGGUUUCAUCUGCCAUAUCAUCCACGAAUCCUCUUACGGGAUCGUCGUCGAAUGGCAGCGGUGAAUACAUCCGUAUAAACUUCAACGUUUUUUCAACUCCAGCCUUAUUCAUUUCUAAAUCACUGCGUGAAUUCAGCGCAGAUAAUGAAGCCGUAAAUCGGUCAGCUAACACUCCUGUCAUAUCCGUCAGCAUCGGUGGGAGAAAAGUUGAAUCCUUGGCUGAACCCAUUAGCUUUACAUUUUCGACAUUAAUGUCUGGAUAUGUUAAUCCUAUGUGUUCAUUCUGGGAUGAUGAAGAAGCAGAUUGGUCCAAAGAUGGAUGUUCACCUAUUUCAAGAGACGGAUCAACCGAUGAUGAUAAUUACGCCAACUCUGAAUCAACACAGGAUGGUUCUUUUGGUGAGAGAGUGCGCUGUGCGUGUGACCAUCUCACCAACUUCGCCGUACUAAUGGAUAUCCGAAUACAGGAUUCACCAGAGGAAGUGUACAACGUUCUAACCUACAUCGGAUGCUGUCUCUCGAUCCUCAGUCUCCUUGUAACAUUGGCAACCUAUCUUUGGAACAAGAAUUUGAGGACGAAACAGACCAGCCAGAUCUUCAUCUGUCUUUGCGCAACCUUACUGUGUCUUUACAUAACGUUCGUCAUCAUGAUCUCUCUGGAUUCGAGCAGAGAUUACCGUGAGGUUCAAGCAGGACCUUGUGGGUUCCUUUCAGCCCUUGUACACUACUUCGUUCUCUCCUCUAUUGCUUGGAUGGGAGUGGAAGGAUACAAUACAUAUCUUAUCAUUGUGAAGAUAUUCAAUACUUACAUCCCGAACUUCAUGAUCAAGGCAUGUCUCGCUGCAUGGGGAGUUCCUGCACUCAUUGUGCUUCUCACAGGAGUUAUUGCCAGAGGCUCAUAUGCCCAUGAUGACCUGUGUUUUCUACAAUUCUGGGCUCAAAUUGGUGGUCUCCUGAUUCCUAUGUCUAUCAUCCUCGUCAUCAACAUCGUCAUCUUCGUCCUGGUCAUUCGUCAGUUGUUCAAAUCAGCAAAAAUCGCUGGUCGGGUGAAGAGGGAAGCUGAGGUUGAACGUCGAGAGACCAUCGAACGAGUCCAGAAUGCGAUUUGUAUCCUCCUCCUUCUUGGUCUGACUUGGAUCACAGGUUAUUUUCUGCUGAUUCCAUCAUUUAGUCUGGUGGCUCAGCCAAUCUUUAUCGUACUGAACUCCUUCCAAGGACUGUUCAUCUUCCUACUCUACUGCGUCAGGAAACCUCACAUCCGCAAGAAAUGGGGGCUCACUUGUUUGGACAAGAAGAGAGAAGUCAGCACUACUUCUGGUGGUGUUCAAAGCUCACUAAACCCAUCCAGCACAUCAGCUGGUGUCAUGGGCGGCGCGAUUGGAUUGUUGUCUCCGGGUUCAUCUGGUAAUUACACAUUGCCUACAAAUAAAGCGGACCCUGUAUGUCUGCAAAACCCAACAUAUGAAGUAUGGCAGAUUGCGGAAGACGUUGCUCCACCGCUUGACAAUGAUGUCCAGAGUUCUAAAGAGGGGCAGAAGAACAAAGAAAGCGAUGCAACUGAUGCUGGGAUGGUCAGUGUCCACGUUGGUGACCCGGCCCAAGAGACCCGGGAGGAGGGCACUCAGUAGUGCUUAGACAUGAUAAGUAAGACCUAUGGUUAGAUCAGCUAAAGGUGCUGACACCGCUUCAACGAUGUCAGCAACGAGUUGCUUCUACUGUUGAGUCUGGUAAUAACCAGGAUGAAUGUUGAAAGUGCACCGCCGCCAUUCGACAUUCUUCCUUUACAACUAUCAAAUUGACUAAUCAGAGAUACUUUAAUUGCUUAUCUAUAACACUGCCGACUUAUAAAAGAGAUUUUGCUUAACUACUUUCAUAAGUUAUUUUCAUAGCAAGCAUGGUUUCUCAUAUUACAGAGGCCAAGGGAUCGGGCAGGGGGGGGGCUGUCCUAACCUCCUUUUACACUUUUUUUUUCGGUACCGCAAAAAUGUAAAAUGUGAUUAUGAUGCUGCAGCCCCCUCCCCCACCCCUUCAAAUUGUUCUGUGGCCUUUUACGGAUACCGAUAAUCCAGUAGAUAAGAACAAUUUAUGUGAGGUAUGUGUGCGUGUGUGUGUGAUUGUGUGUUAAAUGGCGUACAUAUUUGUAUGUUUGGUGUAGGGAUGAAAAUCGUUUUUUAUUUCAGAAUGAAAUACAGCUAUUGUCAUGCCUGCUAUAUUGAGGUGUAUUACUUGGAAAGGAGAUACAUGUUUUUCUUUGGGAUAUGCAAUGAUUAGUAUUAUGAUUCGUAUCACAGCUUUCCAAAUAAUGACUGCUGCGAUGCAGGACGUAAACACAAUACAAUGUUCUUCAGUUCUUGAUAUAAUUGUGUCUUAACGGAUUUCUAUUUCAUGUAUACAGUGUAUUGUUCAUAUUUGAGGUGAAUUACUCAGCUAUAAAAUACAGCUGAUCAGGUUGUUUCUCGAAAGAAUAAUUUGUUUUUAAGUAUGCAGAAUUAUUGUUUUUCUAAAUGCUGCUGUAAGAAACUUCUUUUUAUUGUAUUACAUUGCUGGAUAAUUGUAGUCGUCUGCAAAGAUAUCGUUGCUAAAUUCAUGUUGUUUUCUACAAUAGACUUAUUUGUUGUCAUACAUUGUACGCGGAUAAAUUUGUACAUUACAUUAUUGAUCAGUGAUACUUGCAUUAUUAAAGUAUAGCCAAUCACUCAUUAUUCUAUCACUAAAAUACUCAGAAUUUUGACGUAUUUAUUCAAGGUUAUGAAUCAGGAAUUCAGCUAAUCAGGUCGUUUCUCGAAAGAAUAAUUGUUUUAAAGUAUGCAAAAUUUAUUGUUCAUGUGUUAUGCUGCUGGAAUAAACUUAUUGUUAUUGUAUUACAUGUUGGAUCGGUGUAAUUAUCCGCAUAAAUAUGGUGGAUAAAUUCAUAUUGUUUUCUACUCCAGACUUAUUUGUGGUCAUAAAUAGUACGCAGAAAAAUUUGUACGCUAUUUUAUGAUUGGUCAGCCAUGGUUGCGUUACUAUGGCCAAUCACUCCGGAUUUUAACACGAAAAUACUCAGAAUUGCCAUGCAUUGCUUCCAGUUUAAGAAUCAGGAAUUCAGCUUAUGUUGUUUUUCGAAAGAAUGAUUUGUUUUAAACUAUGCAAAAUUAUUAUUCUUGAAUAUGCUGCUGUAAUAGUCCUCAUUUUAUUGUGUUACAUGGUGGGUCACUAUUAUCCGCCCCAUAGAUAUUGUUGCUACAUUUAUAUUGUUUUCUACCCAAGACUUUUGUUUGUCAUACUUUGUACGCAGAUAAAUGUGUAUACAAGAUUAUAUGAUCAGUGGUGGUUGCAUUAGGCCUACUAACCAAUCACUCCUGAUUAAAUUGCUAAAAUA